GCCCCCUAUCAUUCUCUAAAUUGUGGAAAAGUCCUAUUUUCAUCAAAGCACGUUAUUUUGGCAGCAUUCUUUGAUAAUUGAAUCGGAAUGCCAUUGUUGGCCAACUGUGAUUCUUGAAGGGUUCUUGGAACUGCUAAAGACUUGGUCUUGGCUAGCUUAGGCUCCCAUUUUUGUUUCUGGGUUCUAAGGAGUAUUAUAGUCUUUCCUCUCUAAUUUAGGUUACCUAUGUAAAUUUUCAAAGUUUGAGUUAUUAAUUAUUAUAUCCGCCUCCGGUAGGUUACUGCAAUUUUCAAAUUCUUGGUUCAAAAAUCUUCAAACAUAAAAUGGACGAAGACAUUUCACGAUGGGUAAUGGAAUUUCUUCUUCGGCACUCAACUUCCGAUCAAUUAAUCAACAAAAUCCUCGUCCAACUCCCCAUAUCCAACAGCAAUUUCCGGUUCAAGAAAACCCUUCUACUCCGUUCAAUCCAAACCGAAAUCUCCGAUGGUUCGGUCUCCGAAACUAUUCUAGAUACUCUUAAAACGAUUGAAGAUUUGGAUAAGAAGGAGGGAAUCAAAACUACGGCUUCAAUGAAAGCGGCAUAUUGCGCGGUCGCGGUGGAGUGCACGGUAAAGUACUUGGGCGGCUUCGUAGACAAACACGGCAAGUAUUCCGAAGCCUUGGAGAGGAUUUGGACGAGCAAAAUUGGGAAAUUGCUGGGGAGUGAGCUGCUUACGGAGGAUUUAUUAAAAACGAAGGAUGAAUUAGAGGCAGCGAUUGGGGACGAUCACGUGUGCAGGAAGCUGCUGAAGAUGAACACCCGCAACGAUGCGUUGCAAUCUGUUAGAGCUUAUUUAGCCGAAGCAUGGGCCAUAAUGGGACCCGCAUUUUUGGAUUUAGCAGUGGCGAAGAUCAAACAGAUGAAAGAGCGGGAAUCUGGCGGCGGUGAUUAUGUUGGACAGAGAGAUGCAGCUAUACAGAAAGGUAAAGGAAUUCUGGGCGGAAAUGUGCUGCAAAAGCGUAAACAUAUUGCUUUGCAUAGACGUAUUAGAGGAUCAAUUAAGAUCUCUGAUAAUGAGGAAUUAGGCACAGAUGCAUCAUGUGGAAAGUAUGACACCGUGCCCGCCCCUGAAGUCAGCAGAGUGAUAGAAGCACUUAAAUCUAGUUCUUUGGAGUUACAAGCAAUGGUGACAGACCCUCUUCCAGAUGCUGUACUCAGGGCUGAAGCUGUGGUUUCUGAUAUGGCAAGAGAAAAACAGAAUCAUGAGCCGUCAGUCGAAAAGCAGAAUAAUGUGGAUAAAGAUGUGCUGUAUCCAUCUGUAAAUACUGGUGUUGAAACUGUUCAAGCUAAUAAGGAUAAUCAUGGAAAUCAAUCUUGCAGCCAUCAGAAUAAUGCACCUAAACCCGGCUUGAUGGAGCGGAAUAGUACUGCACAAACCUAUGAGUGGAGUGAUUCUAUUGAUGACUCACCUGGAGGAACAUCCAAUCAUGUUCAUAGAUUUCACUUACCUAGCCCAAAAAGAAGGGCUGUUUCUCCAUUGAAGAAGCAUGAAAUUACAAAACUCAUUAGAAGGAGAAAAAAGAAAAGAUGGAGUUUAGAAGAAGAGGAAGCUUUAAGGAAUGGCGUCCAAAAGUACGGUACAGGAAACUGGAAGGUCAUCCUGAAAUCCGACCCUGACGCAUUUGCAGAGAGAACUGAGGUUGAUUUGAAGGACAAGUGGAGGAACAUGAUGCGGUAGUGAUAGUUCUAAAUGAUUCUGCUGUUAUUUGUGUUUAUAUUCCUGUAAAUUACCUUCUAUGGUGGAUCAAAUGUAAUCAUAACUUCUUUUUUUUUUUU